AUGGUAAUGUUUAUACUCUCCAGCCCUUCCAUACCAACACAUAUACCCCGUCUCAUCCGCUGCAUUGUCACACCCACAGCCAACAACAAGCGACCUCUCUCGUCCACCGCUCUCUAUGGCGGCCCUCUGCAGAUGCCGUUGCUGCGUGUGGUGUUGGACGAGGCCCACCAGAUCCGCAACACAAACACUAAAUUAGCGAAGGCGUGUCUAAAACUAGAUAGUAUCUACCGCUGGUGUCUCACGGGCACACCCAUACAG